AGCCGUCACAAACGUCAAAUUACUUCAAAAUAAGCAGUGCAAAGAAUUACAAAUUUUGUCGAGGAAUCGAAUUCGGUUGAAAUUCGCACGCAAAUGGACGUGGAAGAUGCCGUGCAAUCGAUUUGCGACUCUACGGCUUCUCUAUCGGAGGGAUGUCGAUUGCCGGUGCGUAUGACUGGUACCAAUGAUUGGCCUCUAGCAGAAAUCAUCAGUAUCAAGGAAGUACCGGAUAAGUCAAUUUGGUACUAUGUACAUUAUGUUGAUUUCAAUAAACGCUUGGACGAAUGGGUUACUGAAGAAUACCUUGAUACCCGGAAAGUUCAAUUUCCCCGAAAAGAUGGACUUACUACUGGUCAAAACACAGGAGUUACAACACCGAAGCGAAUACCGAUGAUUGGAGAACGGUCACGCCCCGCUAGUCCUAUUCAAUCUCCAGAUAUUGUAAACGGAAGUGCUGUUUUGGCAGCGGCGCUGCAAAAAAAGAUCAAUCGGAAACGUAAAGCUAUAUCCACUGAGAAUGAAGACUCACAGGAAAUUCCUACAACGCCGACCCCGCGACAAUCAGGUAGCAUGGUCACCCACCAUGACGAUGUUGUAACGCGGAUGAAGAAUGUCCAGCUAAUCGAGCUCGGAAGACAUCGUAUAAAGCCGUGGUAUUUCGCGCCAUAUCCACAAGAACUUUGUUCGAUGCCCUGCAUUUAUAUUUGCGAGUUCUGUCUGAAGUAUCGCAAGAGUCGAAAAUGUCUAGAACGGCAUAUAAAGAAGUGCAAUCUGCGACAUCCACCCGGAAACGAAAUAUAUCGAAAGAACACAAUCAGUUUUUUUGAGAUAGACGGACGGAAAAACAAAAGUUAUGCGCAGAAUCUGUGCCUACUAGCAAAAUUGUUCCUGGAUCACAAGACGCUGUACUACGACACGGAUCCUUUUCUGUUCUACGUUAUGACGGAAUUCGAUUCGAGAGGCUUCCACAUUGUAGGAUAUUUCUCGAAAGAGAAAGAGAGUACGGAAGAUUAUAACGUGGCGUGCAUUUUAACGAUGCCACCUUACCAGCGAAAAGGUUACGGCAAGCUGCUUAUUGAGUUCAGCUACGAGUUGUCGAAAUUCGAAGGAAAAACGGGUUCACCUGAAAAACCUCUGUCCGAUUUGGGAUUGCUGUCCUACCGGAGUUACUGGGCGCAGACGAUUCUGGAGAUCUUGAUACUAGCGAAACCCACGGGAGACAAUGAAAAACCUCAGAUAACGAUCAACGAAAUCUGUGAGCUGACCAGUAUAAAAAAGGAAGACGUCAUAUCGACACUGCAGAUACUGAAUCUGAUCAACUACUAUAAAGGCCAGUACAUAAUUUGUAUCAAUAAAGAGACAAUCGACCAGCAUCAGAAAGCAAUGGAAAAGCACAAAAUUCGAAUCGAUUCCAAAUGUCUCCACUGGACGCCAAAAGAUUGGUCCAAACGAUCCAAGUGGUAACGUACGUUAAGUGCAGCAUGAAAAAAAAAAACAAAACAAAUUCAUUGUGUCAAUGAUCAUUGCGUAAACCAA